UUCUUUAUUCUUCAAAUAUUAUUCUUUAUUUUUUAUUUUUAUUCUUUAUUCUCAUUUUUUAUACUAUUCUUAGAAACAUCAAAUUACUGGUAGUUUAUACACUCUGCUCCUCAAGAUGUUAACAUCAGCGCAUUUUUGCCUUCUUUUAUUUCUCGCAACAAGAAUAAUAUAUGGUCAAGCAUCGUGUUCAUGCAAGCAACCCGAUUCCGACCAUUUCGCAGAUGGUGUCAACUUAAUCUAUUAUAAUUGCACUAGUGUCACUCUUACGACAAUCACCUAUCCCAUCACAGCGCCACAAGAUAUACUAAACGUCUUAGAUCCUAAUAAACGUACAAUAUUUUAUAUCUUCGGAUUUUUGCAAACUCCGACUACCAACUAUAUUGUAAACAUAACCACAGCACUUUGUUAUGAAGAUACUGAUAAUGUCGUGUUAUUGGAUUGGAGCAAAUAUUCCAUGGAUAUCUUUUAUGGACUUACCUUUGAGACCGCCGAAGGAGUGGGAAGUUUAUUCGCUCAAAGUUUACAACUCCUUAAGGAUAACAAUUUCAAUACAAGUACGAUUUAUAUUAUCGGGCACUCCUUAGGCGCUCAUAUAGCUGGUUUGGCUGGCAAAUGCACCAAUUUCACUAUACCUCGCAUUACAGGAUUGGAUCCUGCGAAUCGUCUCUGGUAUCCUACUGGAUGCUAUCUCGCACCCACAGACGCGUCAUGGGUUGACGUUAUUCACACGGACAUGGGUGUAUGGGGCACUCCUGCAUCUAUGGGAACAGCAGAGUAUUACGCAAACACUGGCCAUCGUCUACAACCAAAUUGUCCAACUUUUUCUUUAUUACCAGAGGGAAUAGCGGAAGUCGUGUUAUGUCCCCAUGAACUUUCAAACGUCAUAUACGCAGAAUCAAAGUAUUAUCCUGACAAAUACGUAGCAGUGAGCUGUCAUUCUGCUGAUUCGUUUCUGUCCGGUGGUUGUAAGAAUAACACAAAAACUGGUGUUGGAUAUGCAGCAUCGAAUGUGACAGGGACAUAUUACUUCAAUACUACAUAUUCACAAUUCUAAAUGAUUCAUACUUACUGGUCGAUAUCCAUAAGUGGCAUGAUGAAUAUUUGUUGCAUUAUCCGCAGGAUUUUUAAUAUAAAUAUAUAUAUAUAUAUAUAUAUAUAUACAGUAUAUAAAAAGAAUAUACACUGUAAAGAUAUAAUUAUAAUCACAAUACUUACUCUAAUAAAUAAACGCAUGAAUAAUGUGUGUUGUGUGUAUGCAAAA